AAAUUAGCCGAAUUGCAAGAUCAACUAUGUUAUUACAUGGCUCACCAGACAUGCAAAGUCCAUCUGAAUGGACAAUUUAAUGCAAACUUGCUAGAUUUAGAUGAGAAUAAAGCUCUAAUUCUCAUAGAUUACAAGAUGAAAAUAUUACCCAAAUCAGCUCGAGAAACAAAGCAAGAUUGGUUUGGAAAAAAUGGGUGGACACUCUAUUCAGUAUUAGUAUAUACAAUCUAUAGUAGUUUAACAAAGUUAAAAGUUCAGGCGUUUGAUCACUGGUCUACAGAUAUGCGACAGGAUUCGUGA